AUGGUGAGAUCACGAUCUGGAUCUUCCUUGGUUGAAGGUGCAUCGGCAUCGAGCGUCACAGUAGAGCCAGAGCCAGCCCUUGAAAUGGGUGUUUUCAGUUACAGAUGUCACGGAGAAGAGCAGCAGGAGGAGGAAUGCGUUAUCUGCCUCAGUGAAUACCAGGAGGGGGUCUCCUUGGUGGCGCUGCAACGUUGUCAGCACAAUUUCCACGUGGAGUGCAUUCGGAGGUGGUUGAACUGCAUGCCUAGAUGCCCCAUCUGCAAUGCAUCUACGAUUCAGGGAUUGGGAUCCCAUGUUGUGCUUGCAGGAAGUAUGAGGGAGGGAACCAUAGGGAGAGAAGACAACGUGUAA